AUGACUUCACUUUCUCACACUAGAGUUUCUAUUGACAAAGCUCAAAAUGGGUCUGUUAUACCAAAGACUCCAAGUUCCUUGGAUAGAACUAUGCAAGACGUACCUAAACAACGGCUUGUUAUCAGUAAAAUAUCCUUAAAUAAUUUUAAGUCGUAUUUUGGCAAACAGGAAAUAGGUCCAUUUCACAAG